AUGACUUGCCCGCUAUGUGGAUUAAGGGAUGAAUCUAUCGAACACUUGUUUCUUACUUAUGAUUUGGCGUCACAUGUUUGGAGAUCCUCGCCUUGGGGUAUCUACCCGGUGUGUGAUAACGGAAUUCGCAUGUGGGACUGGGUUAAGUUUAUUUGGAGUCUCAAGGACAGGGGUAUACGAGCUGAAGAGGUCUUUCUUUAUGCUUCAAUUGUAGUCGACACCAUCUGGAGGACAAGAAACAAGGUGGUUCACAAUGACUGUCUGCCUGAUGUGAAAAGAUGCAUUGACUCUGUUUGUUACUCAUUUGCAGAUAUUCAUCCUACUAUCUUGCCUGAUCAUGAUCAGAUUCGGCGAGAGUUUUGGGCUCCUCCACCUCAGGACUGGAUUAAACUUAAUUGUGAUGUUAGAGUGGGCCUGGAGAGUAUGUGUAUCGCAGUUGUCGCAAGGAAUCACCUGAGUGAGGUGAUCCGGGUUCACUCGACUCAGUUAGACUUCUCGGAUGCGCUGUGUGGAGAGGCUGCGGCCUGUUGUUUAGCCGUCUCGGCGGCUUUAGAAAUGGGACCCAAAUUUGUAAUAGUGGAGAGUGACUCGAGACUAGUCAUCAAUGCGCUCAAUGGGAAGGAGUCUCAUUGGGCUCUUGAGAACUAUGUCUCCUUUUGCUCUAAGUCUUCUCCCUCGUUUAUUAGUUGUAAUUUUAUUAAUGUUAGUAGAUCCUGUAAUUUUGUUGCCCACAAUGUCGCUAAGUGGGCUUUUACCCACCAUUUGAACGGCUCUAUUUCGGUUUCCUCCUUACCGGAGAACUUAUUUUGUAAUGACCAUGAGGUCUAA